CUCUGCCAAAUAGCAAUAGCAAUAACUUUUCAAACGCUGUUUUCUGCUAAAAUUAUACGUCCUGUCAACAUACGAAACACAAUUUGACUUAAGAUAGUUUGACGCCGUUAGACCGCUGAACAUAAUCAUGGUUGCUGCGCUGAAUCCCGUCUAAAACAGCUGGUAAUUCUUACCUGAGAUUUCGCCAUUUGGCAAAGGACAAUGGGAAUUUGUACCUUUACGCUGUACUAAGUGGCGCACCUAUUGAUUUCGCUGCGACUGCUGAUCGUCUGACGGUUCCUUGGCGGUGCAGGUCAAGAUAAGACGCCCUCACAAGUUUUCAAGAACUCUAUUGAACUAUCAGGAGCCCUUCAAGUCAUCAUGAGUGAUAUGGAAUCACUAGCCGAAGACCCCGAAGACAUGGAAGAACCUGCAAAGCCUGAGGAACAUCCUUUGGAAGAUGUAAAUCACCAUGUUAACAACUUACUUCAACUGAUACAAAGUGGUCAACCUGUGGCUCCAGCAAUUCGAUCUUUGUGGAGAGAAUGUGUCCCUCAAGUUUUCCAGUUGGAAAAGGGUGAAAAUGAUGUUCCUCAAUGGCCUUAUAAUGCUCUUGAAAAAGUUCUAUUUGAAAUCUUGGAGAGGUUCAUGUGUGGUGGGAGUGAGCUGAAAUGUAUGAUGGAUCGCCUUACAGCACCACCAUUGUGUGGACGCACUCUGAAGAUGGGGGAACCAGCCUACUCUUGUAGAGAGUGUGGUACAGACCCCACCUGCGUGUUGUGUGCAUUUUGUUUUAAGAACUCAAUCCAUCAGCAUCAUAAAUACAAGAUGCACACCUCGUUAGGAAAUGGGCGUUGUGAUUGUGGUGAUGUGGAGGCUUGGUCCUCUGGACCUUAUUGUGACACGCACCAAGAGACGAGGCUGAAGCAUGAUAAUGACAGCAGCGUGUUUCCUGAGGAUGUUGCCCUGAGAGCUCGCACCGUCUUUGAAAUCGCUCUUUCCUAUGCAUUUGAGCUUCUGACUCACAAGCAUUCGCUUAGCUUGCCUUCUGAUUUAAAAUCUGAAGAUGGGCCUCUUCACAUGGAUUUUAAGGAUACAUACUGCGUAGUGCUGUACAAUGAUGAAAGCCACACAUUUGAACAAGUUUUUGAAGCAAUGCAAAAAGUUAUGCAUGAUGUCUACAGAGAAUUGGUGAAUAGAGUUGACCGUGAAGGUCGUGCAGUCAUCAAAGUGUGCAGUUUUCAGCAAUGCACGGAAAUAAAGAGUGAAGUAGAAAAAGUCACAUCUAGGCAAAAUACUCAGCCACUGAAGGUCCAAGUCCUGCAUGUGGAUGUAGUUGCACAUCAAAUUUUUGCCCUGAAGCUCUUGGACUGGAUGGAAGGAAUUGUUCAAACAUCUGCCGGGUUCCGAAAAGAAUUUGCGAGUGUUUUUUUGAUGAACAGCCCCACCUCAUCGAUUGCCGAGAGAGUGCUCAUGGAUGAUGCCAAUAUGUGGAUAGCUGCUCGCCUCGCUUGGCACCGUUUGAUCAUGGCUGGAUUGCUGAUUGAGUAUGACAUCAAAAAGUCAUUUGCUAAAAUCUUCACGAAGAGAUAUGGUUAUGUAACCAAGGAAUACAUAAGAGACGACCAUGAUCGCAGAGUAUCGGUUCUGUCAUUGUCUGUUCAACUCUAUACUUUGCCCACAGUAGCACACUACCUUGUUUCUGAUGAACGGGCACUUCUUAUUCUCUGGAACACAAUUGCAUCUGAGUUUAAUUCUAAAAUCAAAGAUAACAAGAAGUUCGCUUUUGAGCGCCAUUCACUGUCCCUUCUUGGUAGGCGAAUAGAUCCUUUCUACAGGAUUUUGGAAACUUUCUAUGACAUCAAGUAUCUUUUAAUUGUUGAGCCCAAAGAGUGGACUGAUGAUUUGAGACGUGGAUUCUUAGAGGGGUUAAAUACGAUGCUUCAACUGAUGGUUCAUAUGCAAGAAAUGGAACCUGUCAAGAGACAAAUCGGGCAACAUGUUGAGUAUGAACAAGAAUAUGAAACUGGAUUUGCAUUGCAUAAGAGUAUGGCACAAAUAUAUCCGUUCGUUGUGGAUUGGUGUGCAACUGACAGAGUUGUUCUGAUAAAAGCAUAUCGUAUGGUGCUAGCAAAAUUGAUUGAAUGCUCUCCCAUGGACUCACAACCUGAAAGACAAGUGAUUGAACUGGCCAACCAUAGUGCAUCUUGUAUUGUUUACGAUCCAGGUGUGGAGCCUGUUUCAAUAUACCUUCCACUGAGCCGAUUACUUGCAGGGCUUCACUUGGCCCUGGAUAGUCAUGGUUUAUCAUUUGACAGCCCAGAGCUUCAACGAGCAAAUCAACCUAAGCCCACUCCUCACCUGCUGCUUGAGCCAGUUCUUCGAUUGCAGGUGAUGAUUGCUCAAGUUUGGGCUGGGAUGUGGAGACGCAAUGGCUUCUCAAUUCUUACACAAGUGGCCAAGUACCGCAGUCCCUCAAAUCGAAAUGAGAUGCAAGACCGAGAUAUCUGUUUAAUCCAGAUCUGUGCUUCAUUGAUUGAGAGCAAUGAAUUUCUCAUUAUAUUAUUGCACAAAUUCAACCUAAUGAAGUGGGCUGACCCUAACUUUUUGGAUACCCGAGAUCCAGAUACUCUAGGAAAUGUAACAAGAAUAGUUGAAGAGUUUUUAGGGCUUCUGGUUGUUAUUGUGAGUGAAAGGUAUACUCCAGGUGUUGGCAUGGUCACUGAAGAUGACCAGAUGAAGAAAGAAAUAAUACAGCUGUUGUGUGCUGGUCCACUCUCUCAUUCAGAGCUUUACAGAGCUUUCCCCUUUGGUCACAAACACCUGCAAGAAGCUCGGAUUGAAGCUGUCAUAGAUGAAGUGGCUGAUUUUAAGCGGCCUAACAACAAAGUGGGGCUUUAUGAGCUGAAAGAAAACCACUAUGCAGACUGCAAUGUGUUCUUCUAUCAUUAUGAUGCUGAAGACAGGAGUCAUGCUGAAGAAAUUUUGAGGAAAAAGAACAAAGAGAAGAAUGGUGUGGACUGUUGUCCACCCCCCAGACUUCCUGAGCUGUGCCCUCCCUUUAAAAUGUUAUUGAAUCUGCUUCAGUGUGAUGUCAUGUUGCACAUACUCAAAUUAAUAUUGGAACGAUCUGUCCACAUUGGUGCUCAACACUCAUCAGAGCUUCAACUUCACAUGGCUCUUCACCUCAUUGGCUAUGCUUUGCAAGAGCAGGAACAGGAUCCUGAUGGCUUCUUAAAGUUUACCGACAAAGCAAGCAGUUGGAAUAUUGAGCGUUUGUUAGAAGACCUGCUGAACUGUGCUUCACUUGAAACGCUGAAAGAUUUGAUCAAGUGGGUCCUUACAAAGUAUCGCUCCGUCAAGGAAGGCAGUCCUACAUCUGCUGAUGUCAUUUCACCAUCACCUGAGGCACAAGCUCAACAACUUGCCAACAAGGACAAAGAAUGGAGAGCCAAAAUGGCUGCAGAAAAGAGGGCUAGGGUCAUGGCUCAAAUGACUGCUAUGCAGAAGAGUUUCAUGAAAGAAAAUGCUAGCCUGUUCCAAACAGAAAAGGAAGAGGAGGGUGAUGUACAGGAAGACAUGGAUACCGUGGAAGUCAGCGAGCAGCCACCUGUAGCUGUUGGUCCAAACCAGAGUCCUAUACAAGCUCAACAGGAGCAUUACAUUUGCAUUCUUUGCCAAGAAGAGCAGGUGGUUUCAUGUACGGGGCCUGCUCUGGUUUUAGCUGCUUACGUGCAAAGAUCUGUUGUGAUGUCUAGGAAGUCAGAUGAUGAUUAUACACCCGCACAUGGACUGGUUCUAUCAUCUUGCCUAGGACCCGCCGCUUAUGCAAGUUCUUGUGGUCAUGUUAUGCACGCCUCUUGUUGGAAGCAGUACUAUGAUAAUGUCCAAGCCAAAGAAAGUCGCCGCCCAUACCGCCUAAGACAGCCUGCUAGUUUUGACAUCGAGAAGAAGGAAUUCCUUUGCCCUCUCUGUAACUGUUUGAGCAAUUCAGUGUUGCCUCUUGUCCCACAAAUUCCUCUAGUUUAUCCAGGUGGAAAGCUUGACAUAAAUGGUGUUGAUAGUAUUUCCUUCAAAUCAUGGCUGUUGGAUCUGAGGAGGUGUCCCCUUGCCCAACAAAAUCAGGUUAACAAAGGCGAGAAGAAACUCAUGGACUCACUAAAUCCGAAUAAACCCGCGGUUGGCGCGGAUGUUGCGGUAAAACCUCCUGAGUCAGCCUCCUCUGCUGCUCCAGAAGCCGCAAAGAAUCCAGAAGCAGCAUCUUCUUCAGAAACUCCUCGUAGCCAACCAAGACAACGAGAAGUUAGAAGAGAGUCUGACGAGGAAAGCGACUCAUCAUCAUCUCACUCUGAUGCUGAAGCCAAGAGUGCUAAAAGGCAACAGAUGCAUUCAGUGUCAUUACCUUCUACUAGUGCUACUAGCGUUCCUUCGAACCCUCCUGCAGUCAUCAUGUCUGAUGACUUAAUCAACAUGAUGAUGCGAUUUACCGAAUGCAUUUGUAUAUCAAAUGACUCUGAUGCAAAUGAGCCAGACAUGAUGCCUCUUCAAGCCUGGCAGUGCUGUGGAUACACAAUCCAUGCAUUAGAAAUAUUACUUCGAGAUGAAGGAAAGCCUCUUCUGGGCCAAUUAUCAUUACGCCAGCAUGACUGUCUCAAAGGUUUAGUCCGUAUGAUGGCCCUCUUAACUACAGCAGCAAACAAACCAACAGCAUCAAGCACACAUGCACACAUGAUCUUCGCCCUUUUGGUCAACCAUGAUCCUGAUCAAAGUUGUAUUCUUGACUUGGAUAGCUUUGGAGUGAUGGUUCCUUUAGUUUUCCUUUUAGCUAAAUGCCCAGUUCCUUCGGGUGGAGGGUAUGAAAUUUACUCCUUACGGCUUGGCCUGUUUAUGGAGGUUAUGAAAUGCAUUCUUGGCAUUUGUCACGAGACGUUAAAGGGUCGUUUAGUAACGGAUCAUUGGGAUGACCGGGACCUAGUAGAAACAAUGGAUGUGGAUGAGGAGGAAGGUGCAAAAGGAGAGCCUUCACUCAAUGGAGAUCAUCUUACUUUCACAAGAGACUUCUUAGACCUGAUGGCCAAUCAGCUCAAUAUGCCACUUUGUUCAUUGCCUCAUCCUAAAAUUGUUUGGGAAAAGAUUAAAGAACACUGCCAGCCUUUCUUAAGAUGCUGUGUUCUAUUUUUCCACUUCCUUACAACCAUACCUCCCCGAGAGGCCCUGCUUUAUCAUGGAGGAGACACGUUUGAGAACAUGUGCGCCUAUCUUGGCUUGAGUGGGAGCUGGAGGACUCUCCUCUUUGAUGGUGUUAUGCAAGCCCUAGCUAAACAUUGGACAAACCAUCCGAGGGUGCAAGCACUUCUCAAAAAAGAUCACUCUAGGGUAUUCACUUCACCACUAGAAAUUAAUCGUCUUGUUCCACUUCCUGGCGAUUAUAGUGAGCUCCUAUGUUCAGUAUUAGAAUUUUACUGUCAUGACCGAGUGGAAUCUCGGUGCCCAACUAUGUGUUUGAUUUGUGGUCAAAUGUUGUGUUCACAAACAUCCUGCUGCAUGCAUAAAAUUUUGGGCACUCAAGUUGGUUCAUGCACAUUUCAUGCACUUAAUUGUGGAGCAGGCUGUGGACUCUUUUUGCAAGUUCGGAGGUGUCAAGUGCUUGUGCUAGCAAUACCAAAUCGGGGGACAUUCAUGACGCCACCAUAUGUUGACGACUAUGGUGAAACUGACCAGGGCCUUAGGAGAGGCAACCGUCUACAACUGUCUCCUGAAUUAUACAAAGAACUAGAGCAUAUGUGGCUAUCACAUGGUGUUCGUGAGUUCAUUUCGAGAUCAAUGGACAAGGGAGCUCCUCCGAUUGCAGGACCGUGGCAUGAACUCUGAAUACCAGAACAAAGUGGGAUCACAUGGGUGGAGAAGCAGUCUGCCUUCCUGAUGCAAAGGGCACAACCAUUCUGGUAACAAUCAACAUCCUGGCUUGCAAUGCACUUGUUAGAUUUUUGAAUGUAAGUUUAACUUUACCGUCUUGAUGAAUUAGAGUGUUAAUGGGUCAGUCAGUUAUCACUAUACUCAUAAUUUUAAUCUGAUGAUACUCAUUUGGGUGAAAUUGUCACCCUGCUAUUUGUAUCUGUAGACUGAGUAUUUAUGAGAUGCACUUCGUGUGGUUCUUUAUCUCUAAGAAAUAAUUUGUUUCUGUUAAGCAAUAGGCAAAUAAAGCAAUAUGUGUUGAUGUCUCCUUUGUUCACAGUGAACUUUUAAUAGAAAGAAUAGUUCUAUGCUGGCAGUUUCUUGUUUCUAUUAAUUUAUGAAAUCUUAUGCCGUUUUGUCAUUCAAGAAAGACCCCCUCCCCAUAUAAUGAAGACUAGUUUCAAAUUUGAGUACUCUGUGGGCCUCUACGUUAAUCAAUUCUAAGGAAAUAUAAGGCAACAUACCUUUCACUAUUCUGAGUUGCCUGACAAUGAAAUUUUGUAAAGACUUGUUCGUUUGCCUUUCAGACGGCUCUCUCAGUGGGCUCUCUUCUUAUUCUUGUUUUUUACCAAAGUGUUUUUCAAGUUCUAUCGACAACUUUGGAAUAUUUGCUAUUAGAUAACAUCAGUUUGUGACUUAUGUUGCUUACAAUUUUUUCUACCGAAUGUAGAGUGCUUUCACUCUUUUUUUUGUGAGAUUGUUGGCCUGAAAAAGGAUACUUACAGGUUUGGUCUAAAGCAUUUGGAGGGGCUUCCUAUUCUAUUCCGCUGUACACUCUGCACUAGUCAGGGAUUGUAAUAACCUUUUACCUGGAUCUAUGUUGGGAGGUUAGCUGAAUUGGUUUUGUUUCAUAGAAUGUUCUUCUAGCUGACCAACUCUUGUAUAAUAUUAUCUGAGAUGUGCACCUUACAUAUUUAAAAUAAACUUCUUUUGUACAUUUUAGAUCUUUCAAUUAUGAUGAGAAAUUAUAUCUUUGUUGAUGUUA